AUGCCUUCGCCAAAGUUCUCUCCAUCCUCUCCCCACGUCUUGAUCAUAGGCGCUGGUAUCUCUGGCCUCGCACUGGCACACGGCUUCCAGAAAUAUGGAAUCUCGUUCCACCUCUAUGAACGAGACCAUAGUCAGACCUACCGUGCUCAGGGUUACCGGCUUCGCAUCGCCUCAGACGCCAUCGCGGCGCUCCAAUAUCUCCUUCCCUCCAGCGUCUGGGAGACCUUCGAAGCUACCUGCGCUGAGAUGAGACUUUCCCCGAGCAUUCCAUCAAUCGACGCCGAGACGGGGGAAGUAGAGCUAUCGGGCAAAUCACAGAAUCAUGACCCUACCAAGCCUUUGCCACGAACUGUGGAUCGCACGGUGUUCCGGGAUGUUUUGCUCAAGAGAUUACCUGAAGAUUGUGUGAGUUACGGAAAGAGUUUUGAGCGAUGCGAAGAAAUGCAUUCUGGAGUCCAAGUCUUCUUCACGGAUGGCAGCCAAGCGAGUGGGACACUUCUCGUCGGCGCGGAUGGAACUCGAUCACGCGUUCGACGGCAGUUUCUUCCGCAGAUCGAGGUCCUUGAUACGGGAGCGAGAUGCAUAUACGGCAAGACACCGCUUACGCCCAGUUUGCUGGAGAGACUGGAGCCGAAUGUCAUGAAAGGGAUCUCUGGGGUCAGGGAUCGUUCCAGAGAGUACAUCAUGUCAAUGGUCGUCGAACCAAUUACCUUCCCGACCCGCGGAGCAAUGGAGCGCGAAGGAAUUGCGUGUCCGCAAGAUUACCUAUAUUGGGUACUCGUGGCGAAACCGCAGGUCAUGGGCCUCUCCGAAGUCAACGAACCUCAUCUUACAGCCGGUGAGUCAGAAGCCCUGGCUCUCAACGUGACCAACGGGUGGCACCCUAGUGUUCGAGCGAUCGUGGAAGAUCAGCGCAAGGGCGAAACCGCAACGCUAGCCAUGUCGUCUGUAAAAUCCGAGAUUGGUUUCUGGGRGCCUCGAGAACAUGUCACGGUAAGAUGCAGCAGAGCACAAGGACAGUCCAAUCGUAAUAUUCGGACUGCCCAUGGCGGAUGCCCAUUCCAAGAAUGGCGGAGACACAGCUAA